AUGGCCGACUCGCUGUUGGAGCUGCUGGCUCCACGUUUGGAAUCGCCACCGCCAAAUGAUGCUACGACGUCACAAUAUCUCAAUCGCUUGUCCACCCUGUCUUUGGACGCACUCCAGACCACCGAACCACAGUCCCUGGCCCAAUCCUCCCAUUCAACACUCCUCUCGCUCCAAGCCCUAUCCAACCGCUCCCACCGGGCCUUUAUUACCUCUGCCGACCAUCUCUCUACCCUGCGUACAUCAAUUCCACAGUUAACUCGUGAAGCGCAACAAUUACGCGAUGCCAUCCCGAAGCUCGACGAAGAGGCCGUCAAGUUCUCCACCAAAUACAGCAAGAUUACAGAUAAUGCCGCCCUAGAACGGAGGAAGAAGGCUAUGCAGCUGGCACGCAAUGUCGACCGGCUGUCUGAUAUCCUCGAGUUACCUUCUCUAUUGUCCACUGCGGUGUCUGCAGCGUCUGCCAACUCGGGCGCCGGAGCAGCCUCUACCACAUACUCCUCAGCUCUCGACCUACAUGCACAUAUUAAGCGACUACAAACAUUAUACCCCGAGUCACCAUUAAUUCAAGAUGUGGCAUCUCAGGCAGAAGAUGCUAUGAAGGAAAUGACCACCAAUUUGAUCGCAGGCCUUCGCGGCCAGAACCUACGGCUAGCAGCUGGCAUGCGAACCGUCGGCUGGCUGCGCCGAGUGGCCCCGGAUCUGGAGAGUCUUCAAAGUGAGGGAGCAACAGGUACUGGAGAAGGAGCACUGGGCGCCAUUUUCUUGAUCUGCCGCUUAGCCCAUUUGGUCUCGACUCUGGAAGCCUUGGAUCCUCUGCGAGAGCUUGCCGACCACGAAACCCAGCGGAGAGUCAAUGGCAAAGACAAGUCCGAAACAUGGUCCGACGGUCAGCAGACGGACCGCUACUUGAAACGAUACAUUGAGAUAUUCCGUGAACAGAGCUUUGCCAUUGUCUCACUGUACAAGAAUAUCUUCAGCUCUGAGCAGUCAGAUUCCGAACCCGCUAUUUCAGGCCUCCGGGGCGUCGAGGCCCACAAGGCGCAGUCCCAUCCAGCACGAUCUGACGAUCCGCUUCAAAGACUCCCUUCGGCAUUGGCGACAUUCCCGAUGCACCUGGUGCAGUUACUCACGGAUACCAUGCGGGCAUAUCUUCCGAAUGUUCGGGAUCGCAGCUCGAGGGAGAGUUUGCUGACGCAGCUGCUGUACUGUGCGGCUAGUCUCGGCCGAUUAGGAGGUGACUUUGGCAUGAUUCUGACUGAGCUGGACGGGGAGGAGGAUAUUACGUAUGAAUGGGAAGAAGUGAUGCGUAAGCAUCGGGCACUGGCCGGACGUUUAGAGCAACUGACAAGUCGAGUGCCGGUACAUUGA